GACGAUAAGACACCGGCUCUGUUCCCCAAAGUCUGUUUGUGAAGUUGGAUUUGUUUCUUAUCGAAGGUUCAAAUGAGCCUUUUAGGUGGAUUAGUCUACCGCUGAAUCCAAGGUUUGAUUGUUGAGCUGCCUGUUUGAGGUGCUUACAUGAAAAUGCUGUUCCUUCUCCUGUUGAAUUGUGCCUGGGGCCUAUUGCUCACAGAUGACCUGGAAGGUGCCAUCGAGGAGAAUGAGGAGCUGGGCAAAGCCAUUCUGGAGAUGCUGCACAUCAAUAAGCUGUCUGCACCCCAUGUGGCCAAACCGCACCCCUACAUGAGACAGGUCUAUCAGCUUCUGGACACACAAGAGGCCCGAGACUUGGGAAGCUCUGAUGGAACACUGGUGCAGAGUUUCCGGAGUGUUCUGGCAGGCCCACCGCAUGCCCCCGCAGGAUGGAUCUGGUUCAACGUCUCCCACCUGAAGCCUUCUAUGGCCGUGGCUGAGCUCGUCCUGCUCCGCAAGACCCUCCACCCCGACCCCCUCAGUGUCACAGUGUCCCUGCACAGCCUGACCCGGGGUGCGAGUGGCCUGAGCGUGAGCCCUCCCCUCGAGGAGAGGAUCCUGACCCUGGAUCAGCUACCCCCGUCUGGCUAUGACGUGUUCGACGUGUCCCCCUUCAUGUUCUCCUCCAUGCCUCUGGACGUGGUGGGCUUCCAGCUGCGCUACACGGACGAGAGUGGGAGCCUGGUGCUUCAUGAGGCCCUGACCCAGAGCCUCUACUGCCUGGGAGGUGGCUCCCUCAGCGAGCCCCUGCUGGUGGUGUACCGGGCUAGGCCGCUUCGCCCCCAGACGACGGCUGCCACCAAUGGGUUCCGGCCUGAGCGGAGACAGCGCCAGCACUGCCGCACGAGGACGAGGAGCCACGAGAGGAGGAGCCUCUUCCUGGCCAAACGAAAUGGCUACAAGCGCCGCCGCUUUGAUGCCAGCUCUGACCCACAGUGUCGGCUCUAUCACCGCUAUGUUGACUUCAACCAGGGCGAUCUGGCAAACUGGAUCCUACAGCCGUCAGGGUUCAAUGCUACCUUCUGCAGAGGUACCUGCCACAUUGGGAAUUCAGAAGUGUCCAUAGAAGGAUUUAGACCAAGGAAAACAUCACCUGAGGAGAGAUCAGUGAAUAGCUCCAACUGUGUUCCACUUGAGCUGUCAUCUCUCACCGUGAUGUAUAGGAGUGAAACGGAUGACGUCAUAAUCCAGGAGUUUAGAGACGCAAGGGCAGAGAGCUGCACAUGCCAGCCACAGGCUAAGCCUUGAAACCAGCUCCCACAUACAGUAUUUACCUAUCCUAGCCACUGGAGGGCGAAAUUGCUUAUUGAAUCUGAAAUAGGAUGCCUGCUAGAAGACCGGCUAGUAGACCUGGGAGAAAAGGAUUAGGGUCAUUUUAUGUUUUGAGAAAUCUAUGAACGAGGGUUGGUAUGUUCUGGUGUGGUGGG